ACUUCGCUGCGAUCCAAAAAUCGCCUUCCGCAAGUUCGACGAUAAUUUCAGGCGCUUUGAAACUUUUUCGUAACCCAAACCGCGCGCCGUUUAUUUCAAAUUUAAAAAUAGCGCGCGCGUGUCGCCAUCUGUUGACGGAUAAUUUCCGUUCGAGACGAUUUUGCCCUUAAAACGUUUUAGAUUUGUUUCUUACAGGACGGUUAAACAAAUGGGCGAUAAACCUCCUCUCGUUAUUUCGUUUAUGUUCUCCUGUUCUUUUGAGGGUGUCCAGGUACCGAAUUUGUUAGAUGACUUGUAUGUUUUUGUAUCCACUUUCAUUUGUAACGCCGCCCUGAAAUGGACCUUUAAAAGUUAUUUAAAGUGGAAAACUGAGCUCGAGACAAGACUUCUUCCUUUUCUAAGGAGUAUUUUCCUCCCCAUAGGCUCCUCGUGUUACAUUCGAUGGUCUAUUUUCAAAAAUGAUGGUGUACAACAGUAAAUAUUUUGGAGAAAUGCGAAACCGGGGGUCUGGGGGGGUAUGGAAUACCCCCCAGGAACCCCCCAGGAAAAAGAAAGGUUGGGUGUUCCUUUUCAGACAAUUACCCAAAGAUCUUACUGCCCUGGAGGUAAUGGCUGAGGGGUAUUCCAUACCCCCCAGACCCCCCGGUCUAACAUUCUACGAUCCUCCUGUCCUCAGGAGUGUUUUGCUCCAUAGGCUUCUAGUUUUACGUUCGAUGAUUCAUUUAAGUGCCAAGAGCACUAUAAAUUUGGGGAAGAAUGCGAAACCGGGGGGUCUGGGGGGUAUGGAAUACCCCCCAAGAAAAAGAAAGGUUGGGUGUUCCUUUUCAGACAAUUACCCAAAGAUCUUACUGCCCUGGAGGUAAUGGCUGGGGGGUAUUCCAUACCCCCCAGACCCCCCCGUCUAACAUUCUACGAUCCUCCUUUCCUAAGGAGCAUUUUCUGUCCCAUAAGCUUCUAGUGUUACGUUCGAUGAUCCAUUUAAGUGCCAAGAGCACUAAAUAUUUUGGGGAAGAAUGCGAAACCGGGGGGUCUGGGGGGUAUGAAAUACCCCCCGGGAAAAAGAAAGGUUGGAUGUUCCUUUUCCGACAAUUACCCAAAGAACUUACUGCCCUGGAGGGAAUGGCUGGGGGGUAUUCCAUACCCCCCAGACCCCCCGGUCUAACAUUCUACGAUCCUCCUUUCCUAAGGAGCAUUUUCUGCCCCUUAAGCUUCUAGUGUUACGUUCGAUGAUUCAUUUAAGUGCCAAGAGCACUAAAUAUUUUGGGGAAGAAUGCGAAACCGGGGGGUCUGGGGGGGGUAUGGAAUACCCCCCAGGAAAAAGAAAGGUUGGGUGUUCCUUAUCCGACAAUUACCCAAAGAACUUACUGCCCUGGAGGGAAUGGCUGGGGGGUAUUCCAUACCCCCCAGGCCCCGGUCUAACAUUCUAAGAUCCUCCUUUCCUAACGAGCAUUUUCUACUCCGUAGGCUUCUAGUGUUACGAAACCGGGGGGUCUGGGGGGUAUGGAAAAUCUCCCAGGAAAAAGAAAGGUUGGGUGUUCCUUUUCCGACAAAUACUCAAAGAUUUUACUGUCCUGGAGGGAGGGGCUGGGGGGUAUUCCAUACCCCCCAGGCCCCCGGUCUAACAUUCUACGAUCCUCCGUUCCUAAGGAGCAUUUUCUGCCCCAUAAGCUUCUAGUGUUACGUUCGAUGAUUCAUUUAAGUCCCAAGAGCACUAUAAAUUUGGGGAAGAAUGCGAAACCGGGGGGUCUGGGGGGUAUGGAAAAAGAAAGAUUAGGUGUUCCUUUUCCGACAAUUAUCAUAAGAUUUUAUUGCACUGGAGUGAAUGGCUGGGAGGUAUUUUUUGACGCAUCCUAUGGACUACAAUCAUGUGUCCAUGGAAAUAAAGAAUAUUAUUAUUAUUAUUAUUAUUCUAUCCCCCCCAGAUCUCCCAAUUCUACAUUCUACGACCUGCCCUUCCUAACGAGUAUUUUCUUACUCAUAGGCCACUCGAUGGACCUUUUUCAAAAAUUAUUAUUGGCACUUACACCAUAAUUUUUUAAAAUGUACCAAAUAAGUGUAUGGGGGAAGAAAAUACUCCUCAGGAAAGGAAGAUCUUAGAAUGUAGGAUUGGGGGAUAUUAUUCCCUUUGGCGCAAUAAAAUCUGGUAUGGUAAUUGUCGGAACACUGAAUCUUUUUUUUUCUUCUUUCCCCCUUCCCCCCAAAAAUAUUCUUUGCAAUUUUUUGGCUUAAUUUUCUCAUGUUCUCCUGUUCCCUUUUUCCGUUUAAUGAUCAGGCAUCAUGCAGUAAGGGUCUCUAGGUUUAGGGAUUUUAUUUUUAAGGUUCACUCCCAAAAUUUGCCAAUGAAAUUUUGUCAAAAAAAUUGAAGUAGAGUGGUCUAAAGCGCGUAAUGCCCAUUGUCUUGAGCAAGUACUUCGACGAAAACGUCCGGCUCGUCGCGGGCGUCUGCGCCGCCUGCUACGCGGAGAACGACGACGUCAAAAUUACGGCCGUCAACCGGGCGUUUCUCAGAAGCUGCCGUCCGAAGCUGUCGAACCUGCUCCGCUUCGCGCCGAAACGAAAGUCGAACGCGUGGAUUCCUCCGCGUUCCCCGCACAACCUCGUCGAGGAGUCGCUCUACCGCAACCCCUGGUCGCUGCUCGUCGCGACGAUCUUCCUAAACAAGACCUCGUGCAUGGCGGCCAAGCCGAACCUCGACGCGUUCCUCGAGGACUUCCGCAAUCCGCACGAGGUCAUCGGCAGGCGGCCGUCCGACCUCGAGCCGUACUUCGUCAACAUCGGCCUGCCGAAGAGGCGAGCGCACCAGGUCUGGCGGAUGUCGCACGAUUACGUCCACAAGGAGUGGCGGCACGUUCGCGAGCUGUACGGCAUCGGAAAGUACGGUGACGACGCGUAUCGGAUCUUCGUGCUGGGCGAUCUCGACGUUGAGCCCACCGAUCGAUUUCUUCGAGUCUAUCGGGACUGGGCGAGGAUGCAUCUGAAGGAACGAGUUCCGUCUUGCAACAUAAACAUCCGUUAGUGCUCUUACCUAAUCAUUAGCCAUAAAUUUUGUGAUAAAAAAAUUGUGCAAGAUAUGAUUAAUGUUGCGUGUGUAUCGCGCCUGUUGGUUAUGCAAACCAU